AUGCCAGCCGAUCCUAUCGAAGCCCACAUGCGAUCCAAGCUCGCUUCGGCUGGGGAUCGCUACGACGACGCUUCGGCCUCGAAGGCUUUGCUGCGGGAGUCCGGAUUCCGACGUCCAGGCCGCAGCAUCCCGUUGGAGGAGACGAUGGCAUCUUGCAACGCCGACAGGAACGGCCGGAGUUGGGGCUGUCAAUGCACUCGCCUUGCAUUGCGCAUCCUCCCCAUGCACCCGCAACCACCCGCCAUCUUUCUUUCCCACCUCGGGCAGAUCCAGCCCAGCCAGCGCUGCAAAUACUCAGAGCCCGUGCUUCCUCGACGAGGCAGGAUUCGAAUCUCACAUGGACGCCUGAUCUGA